AGCAUUUAAAUAAAAAAAGAGAGCAGAGCAACACAAUGCGAUGUUGCAUUCAUAGAAACUUGGUUCCAUCUCAUGCUCAUCAUGCCAUGCUCCGCUUGGCUGCCAGCGCACCAGUACUGUACUGGGGUGUACGUGUGUCAGUGCUGUUGCUCUGCACAGUUCUCAAUGACUCGGCUGUGCUUGCCGGACACUCUAGGCCCUGCAAUAGGACCAGGGUUGUCCUGAGUGGCACGUAUGGCACAUUUGGAGAUGGACCUGGGGACUAUCCUCAAGCAUCUCAUUGUCAGUGGCUCAUCAAAGCUGAAACUUCCAACCAAUUCAUCACUGUGAACUUCUCGUCUCUGGCCACGGAGUGUUCCUACGAUCACAUCUACGUGUAUGAUGGAGACACAUUUGACAGCCCUCUGUUGGGGGUAUUUUCUGGGCGCAACAUCCCUGAACCCAUCACCGGGCAGUCUGGCAAAAUGCUUGUCAUGCUUUACUCUGAUACUAAUUAUGCCUUGGAGGGCUUCGAAGCAGAAUACUUUGUUACAGACUGUCCUCUGAAUUGUUCAUCACAUGGCACCUGCCAGAAUCACAAGUGUGAGUGCGAGAAGCUGUAUUAUGGCUCUGGGUGUGAGCUGUCACGCUGCCCCCAUGACUGCAACGCAGACUUAGGCCAGGGCGUGUGUUUUGAGCCCCAUCAGCUGCCCAGCCAUCUGUCUUCUGAGGCUUUCUGCGUGUGUGAAACUGGGUAUUAUGGUGAAAGUUGUUCUUUGGGAUAUAAAUUUGGCAGCCAAGAUCAGCCUUCACUUCUUGCUGGAUCUAAAGAUCCACCUAAACCCUAUGUUGACAAGGUGGGGGAUAAGUGGCAUUGGCUGUGGAGUGAAAAUAGAGCCCAAGGCCAUCCCUCAUUCUCACCCCGUACCAGUUACGGCACUGCCUACAUACCCGAGCUAGAAAGAGUGUAUAUAUUUGGAGGAUAUGAUCUCAACUCGGUGCUAGGUGAUCUCAUCGUCUAUGACAUCACUAAUGGAACUUGGUUAUUGGUUGGGAAUGAAGCUAGUCAAAAAUCAGCUCAAACACGACAGAAUUUACGCCGGUUAGCCCAGCUUCUUCAUUUCAACACAGUCUUCUUGAAUGACAAUAAAGUGGUUGACACCCCAACCGCUGAGAGUGUGGAGACCACUGUUGUAGAUAACCACCCAUCAACACUGCCUCUGAGCUCCUAUCAGUUCUCUUCACGUCGAAAAGCCCUGGAAAAAUCACACCAGUUUAUGUUACAGGUUCCUGAAGGUACUAAAGCAUUCUUGAAGGUGCCUGCUACGGAAUUCGAGGAUUCUGUCCUGCUACGGAAUUUGACAGUAAAUAAUAGGGGUGUUGAUGAAAAUCCUUUCCUUGAAGAUGACCGUGAGCUUUUUGAUUCUCGUGAUAAUUUACUGGACUUUCAUGAAGAUGCUCCAGGAGGAAGUCAAUCCACCACCGAGGCCGGUAGAGAAAACAAGCACAGCGAUGUUGACAGUAAAAAUAUUCCUGCUCCUAAGGCCUCAAUUAAUGAAUUCAGGAAGGAAAAGCACAAUUCCGGCUCCAAUCGUAAUGAAUUCAAUUCUAAUAAAGAAAAACGGGCCACUUUUACAACUAAAAGGCAUUUUCAUAAUGGCGAUCUCGACUACAUUGAUAACUUUUCUCCACCAAAUUUAAAGUAUGAAGAGUUGAAGCGCACGAGACGAGAUAGAGAUAAGUUUUUCAUUGAGAGUCAAUUUAGUUCUCGUAUUGGUCGCCGUCGUUUUAGAAAUCCGCGUCACUCACCUUUCAUAAUUUCGGAUAGAGAUAAGAUGUUUGCUACCAAAGAACAGCAUUAUGGUGAUGUAAGUUCCACCAGACUAUUGAGCUCUAAACCUUCAAAUGAACGCAUAUGGCAAGGUGAUCAAAAAGUUAAAAAACACACUCGGCGCAUGGUUCCGCCUGGAUCGGAACUCAAUCAAUCAGAGCAGUCUGGCCAAACCUCAGACCUAGAGGAAGACAAGGUACCUGCAGCAAGGUAUGGUCAUGCCAUGACUGCAUACAAAACCAACUUCGUGAUGUAUGGCGGGAAACUGGGCAAUGGAGAUACAGUGCCUGAGUUUUGGCUGUACAACACAACGAGCAACAAAUGGUCUCUGCUCACCAACGGUUCUUCGCCCAAUACUGGGUCUCACCCUCCAGGAUUGAUGUUUUCUACCAUGACAUUUGUCCCUCCACACUGGAUGUAUGUAUUUGGAGGCAACCUUCCUCACGGUGCUUUCUCCAACGCCAUGUACCGUAUCAACAUGAUGGAAGACAAGAAACAAUGGCAAAAAGUAAUAUAUCGAGGUGGGAAUGAGUUAGAUGCCCGACUUGUAGGGCACACUACUAUAUAUCACAAGCCCUCGCAUGCGCUGUUCAUUUAUGGUGGCAUACGUGUAGACAUUGCCAGGUUUUCCAAGCUCUCUGAUCGUCUAUUGAAGUUUGAUCUUAGCAAGAACUUCUGGUCUGAGCUUCGACCUUCCCACGAUAUGAACUUCAGGAACUCUAAUGCUACAAGUCACACGCCUCUAGAGCGAGCCUUCCACUCGGCAGUUGUGGCAGGAGACUACAUGAUUGUGUACGGUGGCUACUUGCAUAAGCACAAGGAAGAGGAGACCUGCUAUGACAACGGCGUGUACAUGUACAACCUCGCCUGUCACUCCUGGCUGCCGCAGUCCUUCACGCCACUCGCUCUUUCUGGCCUGCCAGGGGGGCUGCAGGGGGUGUACGGACACGGCGCGUUCCUGCUGCACGGCCGCACCCUGGUCGUGGUGGGAGGCUUCCACGGCACCGUCACCAACGCCGUGCUGGCUUAUGUCCUGCCCUCACACCUGCGCCCUCCUCCUGCCACCACCUGCACCGACUACACCUCACAGGACUACACCUCACAGGCUGUGUGUAUCAGCGGGGUGAGUGGUGAAGACUCCAGUAUUGACGACGAUGGUGCCAGCGUCGACGUGGUGGUGAACAAAAGUUGCGUGUGGUGCGGCGAAAAUAACCAGUGCUACCCUCGAUCUAACAACGCCUCGUGCACGAGCAACAUGCAAGCUGCUUCUUGCCCAGGGAUUUGUACGUUACUUUCUACGUGCACUGCAUGCACGUUGUCAUCGUGCACGUGGUGUCCGUACACUCGAUCGUGCCACGAUUAUGAGGCAAAUCUGUGUCAAGGGAUCGACGAUCCAGGAGUGACCGCAGUCAUCGGCAGCGUCGCAGGCGUCACUGAGAGCAAUAAAUGUGGCGGCGCUGCUAGUCUUGGACUCACGUAUGCUCUUUACCGCCGACCUGUUGACUUCUCACGCCCUGAUGUUGUGUUCAUCAAUAAUGACAGCUCGCUUGUGCUGGAGACGCGCGAGGAGUUCCGUGGCGCUCGUAACGAGUUGGGUAACAGCGUAGGGGUUCUUGUUGCACGCUUACAUGGGUUUAUACUACCGGAAAAUCCUAACCUUACUCUCAGGCUCAAUGCCGAUGUACAGAACGCGACAUUGUGGAUUGAAGGUGAAGAAAAACAAAACGUAGACGUCGAUUUCCCGAAUGCCCCUGGACCUGCAUACGAAAUAAAGAUAGAGGGUCGAUCAACUGGAUCAUUGAAGCUUGAAUGGCGCGGAGGUGCGUCGGGUAGUAACGCAGCUGAGGACGUCCAGAAAAAAGACCUGCGUGUUUAUAGGUCUGGUAAAGAUUGCUCGGGUCGCCGUACAUGUCUUGCAUGUGUCAUGGACGCCGCGUGCGGGUGGUGUCCCGCGGGCGGAGGUAAAUGCAUCUCUAACUCCUCACCAUGCUUGGGGAUGAAAGACUCAGAAUCAGAAGAUAUAAACAACAAUUUUUUCCUGGUGCUGGCAGCGAGCGAGUGCCCGUUGUGCCAGCAGCACAUCUACUGCAGUGACUGCGCUGGAGACAGCGACUGCGAGUGGCUGCCGGACGCCGCGCACUGCACCCGGCGUGGCAGGUUCCCUCACAGCGCCGUCACCAACACCUCCCAGUGCCCACUGGAGUGCCACCUCAGGCAGACAUGCACGCUCUGCCUUGGCACUACUGGCCGAUGUGCGUGGUGCCAACACACGCAGAGCUGCUUCCUGUUCUCGGUGUACACGUCAGUGUAUCAGUACGGGGCGUGCAGAGCGUGGCUGGACGAGGACCACACUAACGUGUCGGUGCUGCCCUCCACAGAACCCCCUACCUCACUUAGCCAACUCCAGCGCACUGAUGGCGACAGCCCAGUUACUCUUCACCGGGACGGCAACGACUGCAUGAAGUGCGGCGCGGCACACACGUGUCAAGAGUGCCUGCAGACGCUCGACUGCGGCUGGUGCUAUAACAAACUCAACCCCACGCUAGGCGUCUGUGUCAGAGGAGAUUUCAAUGCUCCUAUUAACGGAAACUGUUCCGACUACAUAGCUCCAAUAAUAGACGGCUUGAUUGACGAAAGACUGAUGCCAACACACGCUCCGGACGAGGGUGUUUUAUCUACUGAAUUGCACUCAACAACUUUCCCCAUAUUUGAUCCGAAUAAUCGUACUGCUGGAUACGCUUUUACUGCUUGUCCAGACCUGGACGAAUGCUUCCUGCAGUUGCACAAAUGCCACGAACGUGCGAUUUGCACCAACACUGAAGGCAGCUAUAACUGUACGUGCAAGCAAGGCUUCGAAGGCGACGGUUGGGAGAAGUGCGAUCGAACUUGCAACGUUACGUGCGUUCACGGACGAUGCAGUGACGCGCCUGACUACGUCUGUGAAUGUCAUCUUGGUUGGACGGGAGUUGACUGCUCGGUUGACUGUGGCUGUCACAACCACUCGACCUGCUCGAAUGGUAUUGGGAAGUGCGACUCGUGCCAAGAUAAUACGUACGGUGACCGCUGCCAGCUAUGCAGGGACAAGAGCUGGGGAAACGCUACCACUCCUACAGGGUGUCAAGUGUGUGCUUGCAACGGCCACGGUGACGAAAAUUUGGGGACAUGUCAUAGAAAUUCCGGUCAGUGUUUUUGCAUUGACAACACUAGAGGCCGUAACUGUGAGAUUUGUGCCCGAGGAUAUUAUGGCAACCCUGCCAAAGGCGGCAAGUGCUUUUUAGAAUGUCGUCCCAGAAACAUAGUUUAUGCUGCUACUAGUGGUAAUAUCGGAGCGCAGCGGUACGAGACUCCACUUCAACAGCAUUCUUUUGCUGCCCGAACCUCAAGUGCCCUGUUGUCUGUCGAUGAUUUUUCUUAUGGAUCUUCCUCAUUGCAAAUGAAACAAUCCUCUUCACAUUCACCCAGAACAUCUUCAGCUGAGAGCGGCUCUAGGAUAGACACGAUCAGCAAUGACACUGAAACUUGCAUGUGGAUCAUCACUCCGUUCAAAUCAAUUUCCCCGCCAUCGCAAGACUCUGUUGGAACGCACGUAGUCCUUUUUAGCCUUGAGGACUUGCAUGUGCCGUGUUCCACGUCCACGUUACUUGUGUACGACGGCGUACCAGACUUGGUAUCACAAGACCUCAGAUGGGACAGAAGGAACCACGUGUUAGGGUCCUAUUGCACCGAGCAUUCGGGCGUCUUCAAACGCUCUUCAGAAGACGUCGGGACGACCGUGGUUGCUGCGUUGUCUGGCUACCUCACAGUGUUGCUGCAGAGGCGAGAUCCAACUGUGGGCUUCUCUUCCAGUUAUAAAGUUCUGAGCUGCCCAGACAGGCCUGGGGACGGCCGCAUCUGUGAUGGCAAGAAACCUGUGUGUUCGCCGGGAUCAGCUGGAGCAGCAUGCGACGAAGCCGUGUGUCCGGAUAACUGCUACGCAAGUCGAAACUACGGCUCCUGUGAUGAGACGUACGGCAGAUGCGUAUGCCAGGACCACAUUACCGGCCACAACUGCGGCAUCAACAAGCAGCCACACAUGGUUGUGGUGGAAGAGCUGUUCGAGGUGCACAAAGUGCGCUCUGCGUCCCAGCAGCACUUACAGACGGUGCUGCCUCGUUUUGGUCAUUCCAUGUUGUCGGACCACAGGGGCGUGCUGUGGCUCUUUGGCGGCUACAGCCUCUCCAGAGGACCUCUCAACGACGUGGUCCAGUUUGACACCAAGACCAGUGAAUGGGUCGAGGUGACCGUGACAGUACAGCCUGGGCACCAGCCACCGCCUCACCGCUACUUCCACUCAGCCGCGUACGUGCCCUCGGCGCGCGCUAUGUUCAUCUAUGGAGGUCUGAGUCAGCAGCGCUACUUGGGGGACCUUUGGAGCUUCAGUGUAGACCACGAGGGCUGGACCCUCCUCAGCGUUCCCCCCUCGGCGUCUCGCUUCAACGGUGACUCUUCAGAUUCCGUGCUACCACCUCCCGUUGCUGGACAUAGCCUCACAUACUGCAAUGAUGGCGAGAAAGAGGUGCUUAUCCUCAUAGGCGGUGUGUCGGACGUGUACGGAUUUCUGGAUGUCGUGUGGGAAUACCGUGUUGAUACCGGCGUCUGGUCUGUUUUACAGACAACCGGCACCGCCCCGCUUGGUAUAUUUGGACAUUCCACAGUGUAUCACCCCAAAGAUCGCGUAUUUUACGUCUACGGAGGCUACACUUAUAACGUAGACAAAGUGACGCUUUUGGGAGAGCUUUAUGCCUUUCACUAUCCUACCAAAGUUUGGUCUGUGCUACCACCCGACAAGAAGAUCAACAGCAACCCAUCAUCAAGACCUGCACCUCGAGUCUUUCACACGGCGGUCACAAGCUCCGAUUAUUUACUCAUCAUUGGCGGUUACGUGGAAGAACCACGAGACUCGCAUCAAACUCUCAUUGUUUACUCGUACGAGUGCAACAUGUGGAUUCCUCUUAACCAGUACCUUAUAACCUUAGUAGGGCCACACAUACCACCUCUUCUGGGGUUAGCAUCAGCAGCUUACGAAGGCACGGCUUACAUAUACGGUGGCUACGAUGGUGUCUCUCAUGGGAGCUUGAUGAGCAUCCACGUUCCGGAAGAUUUAUGCACGCUCAAUGCAAAUGAAACUCAGUGUCGCGACCGCAUAGGCUGUGCUAACUGUGUCGUCUAUAGUGAAUAUGGCCUGAACUCGUCGCUCUGCUACAGUAAUAACCGCAACAAACAUCAGCCGAACGAAUGUUUUGGCCCCAUGGGAGGUGUCGUACCUGGAAAAGUUUGUGACGCCAGUUUUUUGCAAAAAGAUUGCUAUCAAUACACGUCUUGUGCUGCCUGCGUGGCUCAGUAUCCUGCUGUUCCAGGCAGCAAGUCGAAGUGUAAAUGGUGUCACCACUGCAAUAAAACCAAAUGUAUUCCUAGAGACAAUAACUGCGUAACUGAGAAUGCUUGCGAGAAAGGAAGCAACAAAGCAGACCUCAACGACACGAGGGUUGUAGAAAAUGCUGACCAAUGCCCAGAGAAAUCAUGUGCUGCCUCUGACUGCACCAAAUGCAAUGACUUGAAACAUUGUAUUUGGACGCGCCAAGUGAUGCGAUCACACGCUACAUUUACGCUAAAUUUUAAACCUGUUUAUGACUGGAACUGCGUUGAUAAUAGCAUUCUCAAUCACUCGUCAUUCGUUGUUGAAGCCACGCCACCUCAGUCCUGUCCCAUCCGCUGUCAUGCACACACUUCAUGUAAUGACUGUCUCAAGUCCCAUGGAUCUGAGGGAGGUUGGCAAAGCUGCUACUGGUCAGAAAGUCUCAAGUCUUGCAUGUCACCGAGCUACGUACCUAUCCGGUGCCUGGGUGGCCGGUGUGGAUUUCUUUUGCAGAAGCCUCCCUGCCCUUCGCUAUGUGCUAGCUACAGCACCUGUUCCUCUUGCCUCGAGCAUCCUCAGUGUGGCUGGUGCGCUCUCAACACCUCUGUUGGAGGCCUAGGGAUAUGCCACGAAGGUGGUUUGGAUAGUCCGGAUUCCAAAGCUUGCAAUGAUUUGGACUACAAUCCUUUUUUGAUGAACUCUUCCGUAAUUAUUCUACAUGAUCUUUCACCUGGUGGUGCUCUGCCUGAUGUGUCCUGGAAUUAUCUGAAGUGUCCGGCUGAAGAUGAGUGUCGUAGCGGGCAUCACAACUGCCACCCACGCACACAAGAAUGUGUUGAUGAACCUGAAGGUUUUAGUUGCCGCUGCGCUAGUGGCUACAGCACGAGUGAUGACGGCACUUGCGUACCCGUGUGCGAAGAGGGCUGUGUCAGUGGUGUUUGUGUUGAGCCCAAUAAUUGUACUUGUAACUUCGGCUACGUUGGAUUCAAUUGUUCCAUCAAGUGUAAGUGCAACGGGCACUCUGAUUGUCGUGGUCCUGACCGACUCACCGAUUGCAUUAAGUGUCACAACAAUACCGAAGGAGAUCAGUGUGAGAGAUGCAUAAACUUCUUUGUAGGCGAUCCCACGAAAGGUGAAGCUUGCGUUAGCUGCUUCGUUUACUGCAACCAGCACACCAAUGAGUGUUAUCCAGUAGGAAGAGAGCCCUCUGCUAGCGCCUCGCCUAUGAUACCUGUAGCUGACUCGCCACGUCACGGCGGAUCAGGGAAAGCCAUUUGUUAUAAUUGCGCCAAUAAUACUUGGGGUGAGAGGUGUGAGACUUGCCUGGAUGGAUUUUUCAGAGGCUCUUCUGACUACCAAGACGCAUGUCGUCCUUGUGAGUGUAACGGCCACUCCAAAUAUUGUGACAAAAUUUGGGGUGACAACUGCAAGUGCACCAACAACACGGCGUCGCCGUGCUCGGGCAAGGCCAAAGAUAGACCAAGUGGCAAAGACGAGGACAAAGACUGCCAGAAGAAGCAGUGCACUAAAUGCAAAGAUGCUUAUGUAGGCACGCCAAGCGGAGGGCAUCAUUGCUACUUCCAGAUGUUGGUUGAGAAAGAAUAUUGUCUCGAUCCCGAGUCUCAGGCGCGUUGCGACGGCGAACCAAGGACACUCCUGCAUUCCGGGAAGACUGUCUUCUUCGGAGUUCAGCCUAAGUUCAUGAACGUCAACAUCCGCCUCGUACUCGACAUCACGAAAGGCAGGGUGAAGGUCUACUUCAGUUCUGAAGAUAAUGCAUUUUUAGUGAAACUCAACGAGACUUCUUGGCAACAUGAAGUCGAAAUUGAUCGCAAUUAUCGCAUCAAGCAAGACCGUCCUACCUAUAUGGCUGUCACCAAAGCUCAGAAUCGCAACUACAUCGGCAAUGGCCUUGGAAUGCACGACAUUAUUAACGUUGCUUCUUCUCUAACCAAAGAUCCAUCCGUGUCGGUGAUAAGCAGUAGCCAAAAGAAACUUCCUGUGAACAACAGCACCAUAUAUCCUGAAUAUAGACUCCUGGAGAGAAAGGCUAAUGGGCUGAAAACAUUUAUUACUGUUGAGGACCCGACAGAUAUCCUCAUCGUAUACAACGUUUCAAAUCGCCUAGUUAUCACGCUGCCCCAGAACGGCCAUGAUCUCAGGUCUGCCAGGUUUUACAUCAUCGUUGUCGGUAUGGGCGAAGAUGGCGAAGACUCGGAGGGAUCCAUAUACUUCCGACAAGACCAGCCUCGUAUUGAUCUUUUUGUCUUCUUCUCUGUAUUCUUCUCGUGUUUUUUCCUUUUCCUGGCAGUUUGUGUUGUUGUAUGGAAGAUCAAACAAGGCUUUGAUGUGCGUCGAGCCCGUCGGCGUCACGUGGUCGAGAUGUUGCAUAUGGCGCGUCGUCCUUUCGCCGUUACCACUCUGGUGCUUCAGGACUCUGAGCCUCUGAGUGGCAAAGACGUCGGCGAGGCUGCGCCGCCGGACGCCGCUUCCCCUUGGUCUCCCGGUCGCCGAAAAAAAGGUUUCGGCAAGAAAGAUUCCUUGCAACAAGUUGCGCUGCAGCAGCACCAACAAUUGCAACAACGAUCUAAUAAUACUACAUCCGACUGGGAAGUGGGCCCGGUGGCCAUAGAACCCACAGACGACGGAAUAGCUGCCGUGGUUACGGUCGUCGUGCAGUUGCCGGGCUUCGGUGAGGCCGACGAAGGCGUGCCUGACAGAGCCCCGACCCAUCGCCUGGCGCUCGGGUCCGCGCUUUGUCAAGUGUCCAGAAUUUAUCCUCCCGCCAGUAAACAAUUCCAUAUCCGGAGACGAGCAUCGCACGGAGCAUCUUAACCGUUUCUCUUUGUAGCGUUACCAUCUAUAUUGCUGUGAUGAUCCUACUUAACUUCGUUACUAGUAUGUAGUCUCAUAUCCUACCUCUGUAUAGCGCGCUAUCCUACGCAAAUUAUUUUCCAAGCCCUAGUAUUAUGAUUCAUAUUUAUUCAUCUGUAGAGAUUAACCAUAGCUACGAAUGGUCACUUGUUUGUAGAUUGUUUUUGUGUUUACGUGCGUGUUCAUUUCUGCUGUCCUGUGUUUAUCAUGUUGUCUUAAGAUAACAAUUUAUAGGUGACUGUCUAAUCAUGAUAUUCGGAUCGAGUCUCCUUUUGAAUGUCUGAAGUGUGCAAAAAGUUGAACUAUUAAAGUGAAGUGUCGUUAGAGUUUGUAGUGUCACUCCAGAAGUCGGUAGAAGUUCCCAUCUAUUCGAUACUUCUUCCUUUCUCUUCUCCUCGUCUCCAAUCUCUCAUAUUUUUGUUCCAUUAUAUUUUCUUUCCAUGAUUCCAUUGUGUUCCCAUUCCAUUUUCUUACCAACAAAGAACUCGAAAUUUUAUCUUCAUUACAACGUGUUACGUCACUGCAAUAAGGCAUUAGACACUCCGCGUGUUACUUCGGUUUCUUCAGGCAUAUAUACUUAUAUCAACAUUGACAUCCAGCAUUCGGCGCUAGUACUUCUGCCUAAUUACAUUCAAGUAUUAAACACCAAGCUAAAAACGUCCGAUACAAAUCUAGGUACCAAAUUUAAGUCGCAUGAAACUCGAAUGGUACUUAUUUUUGUACUUGUAUCGAUUCCCGACAUUCUCCUUAAACUCGCAGUUCAUAUUCAAGUCAAUUUUUUGAUGUCGUGACGCCAACCGCAAAAUUCAUAUUGCUUAGUAGUCAUGCCUUAUUCAGUUCACUCGUUUUUCGAUCGCUUGUACUUCUAUCAUUGAGGCAGUGAACAGUCUUGCUAAGUCUAAUCUUAUAUUUUUUAUACUUAUCUCUGUUUCGUGUGGUCUUCAUCCUGAGAUUUAAUUAUAGAUGAGUAUCUGCACCGAGUUAGUUUUGCGUACACGGAGUUAUUUGUACGCGGAGUGUUGACGAUUAUGUUUUCUGAUUCAAAUACCUAGACACGCUUUGCUACCUUUGGACUUCGGUGCUAAGUCAUCUAUUGUCUGAAUGUCAAUAUAGUUGUACAGAAUGACACAGUUUGCAUCUAUAUUUUAUAGAUGCCUCCAGUGCAUAAAUUUUUUGGUAUUUCUUCUGGGUCAAAAUUUUUUCUUUAAUGCCAUCUAAAUGUGUUAAUUUUGUUACGUUAUCAGGAGCUGUGCAACGCGUAACUCAUCUUGCCAUGCUUAUUGUGCACGCUGCGCUCACUUCGCUCAUGUGUCUUUAGAUUCGUCACACACGAAUGGCGACUUCUAGAUAGUCUUACUACACUAAAUAAUUUCUAUGUCUUGUGCUACAUUUAGGGCAAGCUCAAGUCGUAUCUCAUUCGCCGAUUUAUUCAUUUCUUCCAGAUUUUGCUUGAUAUUUUCUCCUGGUAUCUCACUUCGUUGAUCGUAUCGAGCUUCCACCAUGGCGAUUCUGCAAUUUUCAGUUACUAUCUAAAGAAUUUUUUCUCCCAAAAAUUCACGGAAUUGCUCCGUCACGCAUGCAUUUCGUAUUAUAUUUGCUCAUUAAGAUGGAAAUUCUUUAUUAUCCAGAAAAGCCAUAUUUUCUUUAAUAAUUAUGGGUCAUUCUCUCACUGAUUUCCCGGUCACGGACUUACUUCCCAGUUAAGACAAUCUUACCUGAAUUGGUUAACUUUCUGAAAGUUUAAACAGCUUCGGAUAAGUUGAGUUCAUCGUUGGCAAUUGUUAAGUCGAUUUGCCUCUACUAUUAAAAAUUUUUUUGCGUUUUUUUCAAUAAUAAUUUCUAGAAAAAAAAAUUCUGAAGUUCGUUGUAUUCCUUUGGGCAUUUUAAAACUUGUGUAGCUGACACGAUUGAUUACUUGGUCAGUUAGCGCAUUUAGUCGUCGAUUUUCCUAGUCUCUGAUUGUAUUUUCUCAGUAAAGCUCGCCGAUAGUUUCUCGGUUGUUUACAUUUAGUUAUUAUUUUUCCAAGCCUCGAAUCUAAUUAAUUUAUCAGAUUAACGAAUGUGGAUUUGAUUGAGUAAAAACUAAUAAUUGUGAUAGCAUUGAAUUUUGCAUAGGAAAAAAUCAAAUUUAAUUUUCGUCAUUACCUAAAACGAUGCUCAUGAAGUUUUAAUUAUCUUAUUUAUUUUGCCAAGCCAAAUUUUUGGAAUUAAUUCAUAGGUUUUGUUUACUAAAACUAAAAAAAACCACCGCAUGUAAAUUACUUGCGAUUUGUAUUCACUUGGUUGCGAGAUAUGAAUUUACAUUGAAUUAUUCAAGAAACGCUGAAGCAAUAACGAAGGCCAGACAAUCUCAGCUUAGUAGAUCGCGUGUACGUAUUUGGUAGCGCUAUAUUCUAAGCUAUUUUUUGUAGAUAGGCAAUCAAUUGUCAAUAGAAAAUAGUAGUAUUAUUUAUAGCACUGAAGUAUUUUUUUCAGCAAGUAAUGCUACUAUUUUGAGUAAUAUUAGUUCUAUUGGUCAA